AUGAAUGAGAAUAGCACAACUGAACAACAGAAUUUGAAUAUAGGAGCUCAUGAGGUUUUGAACUUGCUUCUGCGCUCAUUAGUAUCAAAGAAACCUCUGUCCGAAACUAUACUGAAGCAUAAUCCUGUACCAAAUUCGAAUUUGAGCCUUUUAAAUCUGGAUCAACUAAUAUCGACACGUAUUGAAUCUCUACUGAUUGGAGACAUGAUGGAUGCGGAGGAAGAAGAAAAGAUUGUUGUUAAGCUAACAAUUAGCGUAUCGAAGAAUAUUCAUAUGAGGGAUGCUUCUUUCAAAGGGUGCAUUGAUCAGUUGCACAAAUGUGUCAAAGAUCUUGAUGAGCAGCACUUGAAGUCAAAUUACCACGGGGAAAUUCUACUGGGUCCUAAGAUUUAUCCUGGUUUUUGCUACGAGAACCGUCUUUUAGGAAUCGAGGAUGGCCCAGUGGCCUCAUAUUAUUAUGCUUAUUGGCCGGUGGAUAUAUUGGCUACUGAUAAAACACUCAUCGCUUCUAACGCAGUGACACUUCCACUCAAAUUGAAGCUUGAUAAAAAUACUCAAGGGUAUUUGAAAGCAUCAACAGCGUUCAUGGUACCUUUCACUGACAUAGAGGAGGAAACUGUUGAGGCUUUGCGUCUUUUGGUGGCUACUUUUCUUAGCGACUCUGCUCUAACCGAUGUCUUCAUUAGGCAGCUGAAUCAAGAGAAGUCUAUAAAGAGAGCUUGCUUAUCUAUUACAAGAUGA